AUGGCCUUAGCCAUACUUCAGCCAAGAUUGCUGAAGACAACAGAACUAGAACUUAAAAAAGGAUCUUCAACUCCACAGGAUGGUAGAGCUCAACGAGCUGUAUCACAAAUGAGUCGAGCGGAACUGGAAGACAGAUUUCUUCGGUUACAUGAUGAGACCCUCUUAGUGAAACAGUAUGCAAAUGAGCAAGGGGAGAAACUUAAAAGAACAACCACCAAGUUAAGGCGGCUUACUAAUGAGAAAAAAAAGCCUGAACAGGUUAGUAGCGGCCCCGCGCGGCUGCAUGAGGCUGUGAAGCUGGAUGCAACGAUUAAGCAUUUUCAAGAAAGAAUUAAUGAGCUUGAGGAACAAAAUGCAAGCCUCCAGAACAAACUCAAAGCUACACAACAGGCCCAGUUUCAAAGCCGUAGUCCUUGUCGGUGCAGCUGUGUUCAACCUCCUAUUACCAGUGCUCUCAAAAAAGCAAGUGAGACUGCUGACACGCCGGAGCGCACAAAGAAAGGAGUAAGAUUUCGUGGUUUGGAACUGAGAUCACAUAACAUUGUGCUCCCAAGAUGUAGAGAGAGUCUGCUCAAGGAUCCAAGCGCUGAAAUAAAAAAGUUGGAGGCUGUGAUUGAGGCUCAAAGGAAACAGAUUGAGGAACUAGAACGUUCUAGAGAGAUACUUUUGGAUCAUCUAAAAAAGAAAGGAAAGGAAGUUGAAGAAUCCACCCGACGUCUGAAAGAGCAGGAAACAACAAGCUACAGGCUAAACAUUCGGGACAAUGUGAAAAUGAUCAAGAUCCGUAAACAGCUGCUUGAGAAAAGCAAUGCUCUUUCAGAAAUGGAAGACAAAUUUCGCCAACUUCAAGAGAACCACAGGAACUUGAGGAUGAACCAUGCUGUUUUAGCAGCAGAAAAUGAUGAACUGAAUCUAAAGCUUAAAGAGGAGCAGUUAAAGUGCCUCAAUCUUGAAAAAAAAUUGCAAUCAGUGACUGUUUCAAACCAAAGGCCAGAGGAGUUACAGGAAAGAAUAAAGGUUCUAGGAAAAGAGAAUGAACUCUUGAGGGAAAGUUAUGACAGGCUGUAUAACAUUGUCUUCAGUAUGACCCGUCAGAAGGAUUGGCUGUUAAAGGUAAAGCAACUGAAAGAGCAAAUUGAUAACUUACAGACUGAUACCAAAUCUACUUUCGCAAAGAAAAAUGAAAUCAUUGACAAGCUCAAAGCAGAAAGAGACCAAAACAAAAAGCUGAUGGAAGAGAACGAAGACCUGAAGUUACGCUACCUGGAACAAAAGCAACAACUAGAGGAACUGAAAAGUCAAGUGAAGCUUUUAACCAAGGAAGGUGAUACUGAUGUGGCAAAACUCAGUGAAGCCCUUCUGCUUACAAAGGCAAUUGAAAAAAUCAUUAUUGAAAUUCUGUCGCUCAGUCUUACUGAGCCACGAAUUACAUCAGAUGAAACAAUAAAGCAGCUGUUUGUAGAAUGCAAAUUACACGAUGUCAUUGCAGAAAAGACCCCACUGUCGCUUCCAAAACCAAAAAUUGAUGAGAGGAUUUACUAUAACUUUGGCUGUGUGAUACAUGUGGAUAAGGCAAAUAAUAGUGCAAGAAGAGACUAUCUCAAGUCUAUGCUUCUAGAGCCAGAUCUGCAUAUUGACAGGCUGAAAUUUGCAGUCAUCAGUGAUCCCCUAGCAUGUGGACAGGACCUUGAAUGUCGAGAUAUUGGUUUUGCUUAUGUCAGUUUGAGAGAGAUAUUCCAGGAGGGAAAAGAUAUCAUUGAGCAAGAUAUUGAUCUUUUCGAUUCACAAGAUGCUACAGCAGUAAUUGGAAAGCUCAAAGUAUCAGUGGAAGCCCUCCGUGUGCUGCGUUCAGUCCAUGAGGAAUGCACCACAUACCGUGUUCCAGUCGGCGAAGCAUUUUUGUCAUUUAUCCGCCUGUGGGUGACAACGUGCGACCAGCGCAGCGGCAGAGCUCCACCCAGCGGUGCCCGGCGCUCCCUCGCGGCACCCAACAACCGCGGGGCUGGCUGCCCUCCUCCCUCCAGUGCAGGUCACUGCUCAGAACUGCCCGAAUUCUGGCCCACACUGUACCAAGCAACAGGCAAAGAAACCUUUCAUAAG